AAUCUUGUAAAACAGCCCUUGGAAUGAAAUCGGGAGACAUCAAAGAUGAAGAUAUCACAGCAAGUUCAUCAUACAACGACGCUGUUGGUCCUUGGACAGCUCGGCUAGAACAGGAAGUCAACAGUGGGGCCUGGUGUCCAUCUAAACAGAUCGACAAGGAUACUCAGGAAUACCUAGAAAUCAACUUGCAUACCCUGCACGUGAUCACUCAGGUUGCAACUCAGGGUCGUUUCGGUAACGGGCAAGGUCAGGAGUUCGCUGAACAUUACAAGCUGGAAUACUGGAGACCGGGCGUACACCACUGGAUCCUUUAUAGAAACAGGACUGGUCAUGAACUCCUUCAAGGCAACACAAAUACAUACGUUCCUGCAAAACGGAAAGUAGACCCUCCAAUCAUCGCUUCUAAAAUACGGUUUGUUCCACACAGUAUUCUGCUUCGUACUGUGUGUAUGCGAAUCGAAGUGUACGGCUGUGCAUGGACAG